AUGGCGAGAAUCAAGAGCUGGCUUCUAUUGUCGGCAUGGGGAGCCGUCGUAUCGGGACAAGGCCUCCACGAGCUGGCUGUCAAGUCCGGGAAGCUCUUUUUCGGCACGGCGACGGACACGAACCUCUUCAACGAUGCGGCGUACAUGGCAGUCCUGAACAAGACGGGCGAGUUCGGUCUGGUAGUCCCCGAGAACAGCCAAAAAUGGGACGCGACAGAGAAGAAGCAGGGCCAGUUCCUGUUCAAGAACCCCGACGCCGUGAUGGCUCUUGCGCAGGCGAAUAAGCAAAUGAUGCGAUGCCACGCGCUUACAUGGCAUUCUCAACUCCCACAAUUCGUCUCAACGGGAACCUGGACCCCAGAAACCCUCACACCCGUAAUCGAAGCACACAUUGCAAACGUCGUCUCCCACUACAAAGGCGCCUGCUACUCCUGGGACGUCGUCAACGAGGCCCUCGCCGACAACGGCACCCUCCGCGACAGCGUCUUCUCCCGCACCCUCGGCAGCGCCUUCAUCCCCAUCUCCUUCAAGGCCGCCGCCGCCGCCGACCCGGCGGCCAAGCUCUACUACAACGACUUUAGCCUCGAGUUCAACUCCAAAAAGACGGACGGCGCCGUCAAGAUCGUGCAGGACCUCAAAGACGCCGGCGCGAAAGUCGACGGCGUGGGCUUCCAGGCGCAUUUCCAGGUCGGCAAGUCGCCGUCGCAGGAUACCCUGAACAAGGUCAUGACCCGCUUCACGGACUUGGGGUUGGAGGUCGCGCUCACGGAGCUGGAUAUCCGGCACGAUAAGGUGCCGGCUGAUGCGGCGGCCGUGCAGCAGCAGGCAAAGGACUACGGCACCGUCGUCAAGACGUGCGUGGAUAACGCAAAGUGCGUCGGCGUCGUGGUGUGGGAGUUUACGGACAAGUACAGCUGGAUUCCGUCCACGUUCAAGGGGGCCGGGGAUGCGUGCCUGUUUGACAAGGACAUGAAACCCAAGCCGGCAUACGCGGCCGUCGCGGCGGCGUUGGGAGGAGCGCCGUCACAGGUAGCGGUACCGGCGGCGGCACCAGCGGCGGGCGGGGAGCAGAGUGCAGAGAUCUUGUUGUCGUCGAGUGCGUCUGGCGCCGGGACCGGGGUUAGGGGUGCCGAUGCCGGGACCGACACCGAGGCCGAUGCCGACGGCGGAGCGGGGGCUCCUUCAAAGGCGAAGAGCAAUGUGGAGGCAGCCAAGUCACCUUCCUCUUCCGGAACAGGUCGUUUCGAGGCCGUGUUGCUGAUUUCACCGCUGAUAGCCACCGGUAUCGGCUGGCUUUUUUGGCUGGUGAUAUGA